AGUAUAGCAGGCAAGUGAAUUAUAUCUCAAGCAACUAUUCGCCAUCGUUGAUGGUCGCACAUCGUCGUUUGAUCUCUCUGCGUCACAUAUUAUCCCGUAAUGGCGCAUUAUUGUGCUUAAUAAAGUUAUUGAGUGGACAAAUAAUCAAGUGUGUUCGACGUACAAUAAUUAAAAGAUAAAAAAAGCAAUAAAAAAAAAUGUCAUCAGCUCAAGUAGAUCGCACUUCAAAAGUCGGUCACGUGGGGAAGAAAGAAAAUGAAAAAACUCGUAAAAUGUUUAAUCAGUCGCGACAUUUUAAAUUUUCCCGUAAACGGCUGCAAAGUUUUACCGGCAGCAAUGCAAAUAAAUUUUUCCCUCCCUACAAAAGGCGUAAAAAAGAGGGCGGAAUAAUACCGCCGACAAAAUUUUUACUAGGCGGUAAUAUUUGCGAUCCACUGAAUUUGAACAGUAUGCAAGAUGAAGAAAUAAACCGGGCUAUGAAUGCAGUGACGCCUAAAUCCAGUCCAUUGCCGACACCAAAACACCGCAAAGGAAUAAUUGAAGUAAUAAUACCGCCAAAUAUAAAUGAUCCACUUAGUCUAAGUAAUUGCAACGAUGACGAGUACGAAAAACAAUUAAUUUCCCCAACAAAAAAAUUUUCAAAGCGGCGCAACCGUAAGCGCAAACGCGCGUCCUCGGGUUCUGGUAAAGAAGAUGUCAGUCACAGCGGCAGCGAAACAACAGAAGUUAAAUCCGAUGAAAUAAUUUUACUGCCACCAAUAGAACCUAAAAAAUUUCGCGUAUCGUCAUCGUCAUCAUCAACAUCAUCGUCAUCAGAACCACCAUCAGUACCAGCAAUAACGUUAAUUACUCCCGAGUUAUCAACAGAAAUACCGGAAAUACCAGCAGCUGUUGUGUCAUCGACAACUUGCUCAGUCGUAUCUUCAGCAGAAGACGAACUGACAGAAAUAAUUUCAACUGAACCAGAAUUUCCGGAAGCAGAUCCAGCUUCCUCACCAGUUACGUCAUUGCCCUCGUCUCCAGUUGCUGAAGUGACAGCAGCACCCCAGCAAUCUGUCAAAGAGACAGAAAUUAAAACUUUACCGCAGCCGCAGUUGCAACAUCAACAGGUCAAAGACACCAAAGUUAACCAACCGCAGCAUCAGCAACAGCAGCAAAUUAAAGACAACAAGGACUCGAAAGAUAAAGAAGCUAAAGUUGAAGCGCCGAGUCCUCAGAAAGAUAAAAAUAAGCUGAGGUUAAAAGGACUAGAAAUAGAAACUAAAGACAAACGCGUGCGUAAACUGGACAUUAAAGACAAAAUUGUCAGUCCGGUUAUCCCGCAACCGGGCGCUUGGAAAACGAGACCACCGCAUAGGCCCAAUCAGGACAAGAAGAAAAAAGUGUCGCAGACGGGACUGAUAGUUCCGAAAUUUCGCGAGAAAAAUUCGCGUUAUCAGUACGGUAAUUAUGACCGUUACUAUGGGUACCGUAAUCUGCAUCAUGAAAUAGACCCGCGGCUGACAGUUUUCGCGCAACGCAAAGAAUUAUUUUACAACAAAGAUAUUCUUGACAUUGGGUGCAACAUCGGGCAUAUUACGUUAUCAGUAGCACGCGAUUUAGCCGCCCGCAGUGUUACGGGCAUUGAUAUUGAUCGUAAGUUGAUUGGUAUUGCAAGAAGUAACAUAAAACAUUACGUUAAUUGUGUGAGAUCACCGGCUAGUAAUGACGACAAUGGCAGCGCGACUAAUGAUUGCGAUUCAAGUUUCUUCCCGAUGUCGAUGCCAAUUAAUUACGGGCCUAUUGAUGUACCGGGUUUCACCAAAAAUAAAAACCAUAAAGGAUUUCCGUAUAAUGUUACAUUUGUACAGGGUAACUAUGUACUAGAAGAUGAUUCUCUAUUGAAGUCAGAGCAGCCACAAUUCGAUACAAUUCUCUGUCUGUCAAUCACUAAAUGGAUUCAUUUAAAUCACGGUGAUUCGGGAUUGAAACAGGCAUUCAAGCGCAUGCAUGCUCAGUUACGUCCCGGUGGGGUUUUAGUAUUAGAAGCACAAAAUUGGCCAAGUUACGGCAAGAAAAAAGGAUUAACUGAACGGAUCUACCGGAAUUACCACAGUAUAGAAUUUUUUCCCCAAAAAUUCACCCAAUAUCUGAUAUCACCCGAGGUCGGAUUCACUCAGUGCGAGGUCGUGUCAAUUCCACCGCACCCGUCAAAAGGUUUCCAGCGGCCAAUUCAAUUGUUCACCAAAGCCGGAACGAGUCCCGCGUCCCGUACCAUAGCAGCCCCAUCAUCAACAAUAACCCGUUUCGUAGCUCGCGCCCAAGAAAAAAAAGAUUCCGAAAUCCGGGCAUUCGAACGCGAUCUGUUUCCGAUAAUUAAGAGCCCGGCGAGUAAAUUAUGCGGCAAUCUGUCGAAUUUGAGUCAACGCAGCAGCGAAUCAAUGAGUAGUCACUACGAUCAGUUGGAAAACGUUUACGCGCCGAGUUCGACUCCGUGCUACGACACCCCGAGUCACAACGACAACAGUCAGUCGGCAUUUGAACCCGAGAAAAUGUGUUACGUUGAUGUCGGUACUGUCAGUAAUCCCAACAUUAAAAUUGAUGAUAAUUUGAUUGUCCAGCCACAAACUGGUGCUGCGACCAGUGACUGCAAUGACGUCACUAAGACCGAUGACGAUCGUAAAAGAAAAAAUAAUGAAGUAAAUGAUCAUGAUGAUGGCGGGAAAAAGAAAAAAAUUUCUGAUGAUCAACUUGAGAAACAUCCGGGAAAUUUCACACCAAAGGAAAAUUAUAACGUAGAAAAUUUAGAUGCCGGAUUAAACCAACAGACAAAAAGUUGUAAUGCAGGGAAAGAUUCAAGUAGUGAUGAGAUAAUUACGGAUAAGACAUAAAUAUUAAUUAUGUUAUUAAUUGGUAGUAAUAAUUAUUCAUUAAGGUGCUUAUUUUAUUGUACGAUUUUCUGUUUAUUUUUCAUUUUCAUUUAACGAAAAAAAUUUUUUUUUUAAGCAGUAAUAUUUUUUUUUCUUUUGGAAAUUUAUAUUUAGUAGGAAUAUGCGAAUAAUUUUUUUAUUUUGUAAUUAAUUGUAAGUUUUCGAAUUGGCUGUAAAUUAGUGUAAAAAAUUUGUAUAAAUUAUUUGGGGAAUUUAAAAAUUAAGAUGAAUUCGAGCCGAUAUUUUGGUUCGGGUUUAAAAAUUUGAAAAUUAUUUGGUAAAAAUUCGAAGCGAAUUAUUUGAAUUAUUUACUUACUCGAUUUUUUUAAAUUUAAUCGGAAUUCAAAAUUCGAACCAGAUAAAAAAGUUCAAAUUUGGAGUUUUGGAAAACAUGGGAAUAAAAAAUUAAAUACUCAAAAUUCGAAUUAAAUUUUUGAAUUGAAAAAAUUGUGAAAAAUUCGAAAACUCACAAAUACUUUAAACUUUUCGAAUAAUUAAAAUAAAAUUGAAUUAUGAAAUUGAAAUUUUAUUCGAAUACUAUUCGCAAAUUCUUAAAAAUUAAUUUAUUAAAAUUUUUACUUAUAAACUUUAUACACAAUCAUUUUAAUAUUUGAAAAACAAAUUGAAUUAUUUGAAAAUAAUUUAAUCGUUUAUUGAAAUUGUUAAUAAAAAUGAAAUGUAUCAAAAAAGUAUUACUACUUAUAAAAAAAAAAGUUUUUUCUAUCGAACGUGCAGCUAGUCGAAAUUAAUAAUCUCGCAUGUUCAUAAAUAAAAUCUAAUUAAUUCGACAAAACAAUAAGCAAAAAAAAUGCAUAAUGUAUUGAAUUGUAUUUCUAAAAGGAAAGGCAUCAGUUCCCUAAAUGAUUUUUUCUACAUUAUAAAUUCUUACUGCUCAGUUGGCCACUAAAAUUUAUUCUACGGUUCUAUUGCCUACGGAAAUAUUAAAUAUGUAAUUUAAUUGCAAAAAAAAUAAUUGCAGUUCCAUUGCCUACAGAAAAUAAUUCAUGAUGUUCAAUUGAUUGCUAUUUAAUUGUGAACCCAAUCAAAGAAAUUCCUAAUUAAUGUAGACAAGCUUCUGAUUUAUUUGCUGAGAAAAUCUUGUACUUGUUGAGGAGAAAUGACCAACGUUUAAGACCGAUUAGUGAUAAAAAAAACGCAGCUGGUCUGAAAAAUAUCAGAACCUCGGUAGUUUUCACAAUAGAACACUGGAAAACUUGACAGAGUUUUCUAUCAGAAAUUAGUAGGGACAAGAUUUUUGCCUUAUUUUUUAAAUGAAUAGUUCAAAUUUUUGAUAUUACGGCGAAAAUAUUGGUCUUAUUAAAAAAGUUUUCGAACAAAAGUUGUAGGAAAUUUAAUUUUCUAAAAAAAGUGUAUCCUAUAAUUUUCGUAUACGAUCAAUAUUUUCACCGUAAUUCAAAAAUUAAGAUUCAUAAUGAAUGAUUCAAAAUUUGGGGAUUUAUGAAAAUCUUAAUUUUGAAUUUACCGCUUUCUUAUUAGUCCUAAGAAAAAAUUAUAAGAGACAUUUUUUUUAGAAAAUUAAAUUUCCUACAACUUUUGUUUAAAAAAUUUUUUAAUAAGACCAAUAUUUUCCCCGUAAUAUAAAAAAUUUCACACCUCUAAUUAUUAAAUAUUUUAAAAUUAACGCAAAAAUCCUGGCCCUAGAAAUUAGUGACCUGAUUAGGUGAUUCCCUGCGUCGACUAGGAGGUUCAACCCAGUGUCUUAUUAUGGACAUGGCGAGUUAUACUUUUGUCAAGACUACCGCGGUUCUGAUAUUUUACAGAUCAAUCGUCUUUUUUUUAUCAAGUGAUCGGUCUUGAACGUUGGUCAUUUCUCCUCAACAAGUACAAGAUUUUCUCAGCAAAAUCAGGAGCUCGUCUACAUUAAUCAGGUAUUUCUUUGAUUUGGGUUCACAAUUAAAUAGCAAUCAAUUGGACAUCAUGAAUUAUUUUUCUGUAGGCAAUAGAACUGCAAUUAUUUUUUUCGCAAUUAAAUUAUAUAUUUAAUAUUUCUGUAGGCAAUAGAACCGUAGAAUAAAUUUUAGUAGCCAACAGCAGUAAGAAUUUCCAACGUACGAAAAAAUAUUGUAGGCAUUUGACACAUUCAGCAAAAACAAUGCAGGCAAUUGAUGCCUGUCCUUCUUAAUGUAUUAUUAAUUGGUCAUCGUUAAUCUUUAUAUUUAAUUAAGUUAACUCUAUUACAAAAUAGUAUUUUUUAUUUUUCGAAUUCCUAUUGAGAUUAAUUUUAUUAUUAAUCACUUAUUAAUAAUCACUUUAAAAAAUUAACAAUCCUAAUUUAAAAAAAUUUUAUUUCUUACUCUAAUUAUUAUUAUUUUUUUUUUGAUUAUUAUGACAGUACUUAGAUUACGAAUACUUCCGCAAAAAUAGAGUGCCUGUAAAAUAAUAAACUAUUAUAAAAAUUUGUGUAUUAAUUAACUAAUUAAUUAAAAAAAAAGGGAACAAGUUUUAAUUUCUAAUUUUUUUUUCUCCGUUUAUAUAUUUAA